GCAUUUUUCUCUGUUACUCUAAUUACGCCUUGCUUAAUUAGGCCCCCAGACUAAAUUUGAAUUUCACACCUGUUUCAACUGAUAAAUUUUAUUUGACAGACUAGGAAUCGCUAUUCUGUUGUUAGUUCUGACAUCUGUAGAGCCCUUAAAAAAAACACUACCUGUCAAGUUGUCCAAUCACCAAUCAGCUAUCACCAACAGAUCAACAGACAGCCGGCCGGCGCGGCGUAGUUUGAUAAUUAGUGUCAUACUUCAUAGUCAUAUAUUUCAAGAUUUUAAUUCUUCUUUCGAAGCGCUGCUUAGUUUUUUCCUUUUGAAUCCCGUCCCAGUCCGAGAUACUUUAUUAUUAUCUUUCUUUAGCUGACAAAGAGUUGAAACCUACUACGUCUGCACCGAGUAAUUCUUGUGGUUAUUUUAAUUCCAUAAAUUUUUAAGAUGUCACGUCUUGAUAUAGUGGUGUUUGGGGCCACAGGCUUCACCGGCAAGAAGGCAGUUGAAGAGUUGGUCCGUGUUGCCAAGAAGUACCCAGGCCUGACAUGGGGAGUGGCUGGCCGUUCACAGUCUAAGUUGGAGACCCUUAUGGCUGAUAUUGGAAAAUUGACUGGUGAAAAUCUCUCCAGUAUCAAGAUCAUAGUAGCAGAUGUGUCCGACGAAGAGUCCAUCAAGCACAUGUGCGAGCAGGCGCGAGUGAUCGCAAACUGCUGCGGUCCAUACAAGUUGUAUGGCGAGCCAGUGGUCAAAGCGGCGGUCGCCACUAAGACGCACGUGGUCGACGUUAGUGGGGAGCCGUUUUUCAUCGAAACAAUGCAACUGAAAUACGACCAGGCUGCACGAGAGGCUGGCGUGUACAUCGUGAGCGCGUGCGGCUUCGACAGCAUCCCCAACGACAUGGGACUCGUCUACAUGCAGCAAAACUUCGACGGGACUCUGAACUCUGUGGAAUCUUACUUGAGCACGGAAGUGGCGCCGGAGUACAACAGUGAGGCUGCCAAGAACGGUGUCAUACACUAUGGCACUUGGGAAUCUCUUGUGAACGGAAUUUGCAGCCGCAAUAAGCUACCUGCACUACGGAAACAGUUGUACCCGGACCGUUUGCCGAGCUUCAAGCCGAAGUUACACCCUCGUGGCAUCGUCCACAAGCAAGACGGCAAGUACUGCCUGCCGUUCCCCGGCUCCGACGCGUCCAUCGUGUACCGCACGCAGCGCCACGCGUACGAGGUGGAGCACAAGCGCCCGGCGCAGUUCAAGCCCUACGUCAAGCUGCCCUCGCUGGUCGCCACGCUGCUCACGUCGCUCGUCGCCGCCGUCCUGCUCCUCAUGGCCAACUUCUCGCUCACCCGGGCGCUGCUGCUGAAGUACCCGAGGCUGUUCUCCGCGGGCACGGUGACUCGCGAGGGCCCGACGGACAACGUGAUGAAUAACACGUCGUUCAUGUUCGAGCUGUAUGGCGAGGGGUGGGAGAAGGGCGCCGACGUGGACGCGACCAAGCCGACUAAGAAAGCUGUAGUCAGGGUAAAAGGCGUUAACCCUGGCUACGGAGCAACAGUCACCGCACUGAUCUACUCGGCCAUCACCUGCCUCAAGGAACAUGACAAGAUGCCUGGCGGUGGCGGAGUGUUGACAACGGGAAUCGCAUUCGCCAAGACCGAUCUCAUCAAGAACCUUAACGAAAAUAACCUCACGUUUGAAUAUGUUCAAAACUAAUGUUACCGUUAAAGUUACCGUAUAAAUAGCAGUUAGAUUUAUUACAGCAGUGGUUAAUGAUCAUAUUAGAUUAGACAAUGUGAUUGUAAUGGAACACUCUGCGUUUAAAAAUUAUAGUUGUAUGUGUAUAUGCCUUUAUUUUUGUUUGUAGUAUUUGCAGAUUUUAUAUUAAUGUUAGCUUCAUGUAUUAGGAUAAAAAGUCAAAUUAUUGCAACAUCAACUAUAAUUUGUUUUUUUUUUUUGCAUUAGAUGAAGGUAAGCUAUCUUGACGUGUUUUUUAUUGAAAACAUUUGAAAAAUAAGUCGGGGCAAAUAAUUAUGUAACAAUUAUAACUGAUAUACGAUGACUUUCAUUCUUUUGCUUUCAUAAGUCAUAGUUACUGAUUUUCAAAAAGCGUUUUAAUAAUAUUCAAUAAUAUAUCGUCAAGAUUGUUUACCUUUUUUCUAAUGCCAAAAAACGAAGUAUAUAUACUAUAAUAUUAUUAUACGAUAAGUUUAUUACUAUUUUAUUCGAUAGUAGGUACAAACAAGCAUUUACCAACUUAAUAAUUGUUUAUAGAGCUUAUUAAGCUUAUGUUAUCGAUAGUACAACAAGCAUUUACCAAAUAAAAAGAUUUGUAGUCGUUUUUAAUAGAAACAUAUUUUAUGCUAAAGUAACCAUUGUUUGUGUCAUAAUUGUAACUAAUGUGAUAUCUACAUGCAUAAGGUAAAGGGCAUUUAAUAAACAUUAAACAUUA